AUAAAAAGUUUCAUUUAAAAAUUCAAUUUUGUGUUCAGUUCAUCUAAAUUUGUUUGAUUUUGAUUUUGUUUGACGAGUGACGUUAGCAGCAUGAGCAACGCUAGUCAAUCAAUCCAAGACUGUAGCUUGUUGCUGUCGUGGGAAUCUUUUCAUUGUGGUAACCUCUACAAAGGUCCAACACACUCUCUUCCUUGAUGCUGGAAUACUUCUGAUUUCUGUUUUUCUCCGUAAUGGUAAUUGUCUAGCUUAUUUUCAAACGUACAAGUUUGUUGAUCCCGAGAAGAGACCAGUCAAACGCACUUUUCUGUAUUUUCAAUUUUUUAGUGAUGAAAUUGACUGGAAGAUGUCACAAAGUACAGUGCUGGACCUCUGCCCAUCAAGGAAGACACAAUAAAGUCUCGAACUAGGAACUGCCUACAUUGUUACAUUGUGGCGGUACCCUUUCCUGAGUGGAUCAGUAGAGUAUGGCUAUGUGUCUGCAUCUAACUGGCUCCAGUUUGUGUCAAUCAAGGGUGUGGGUGUGUGCUUUCUACGUGUGCAAGCUGAAGCAGGCUUGAUAAAGUUGCCAGGCAACCUGUCUGUGAAAAAUUCAAGUAACUAAAUUUGUUUGAUUUUCUCACCACUGUACUUGUGUCAGGUGAUCAUAAUUGCUAUGCUGUGUUGAUUUAAUCGACGCAAUUAUGCUUGUUAUGAUUUUAUUGAAAAAAAAACAGAUUCUUGUUUUGUUGCUUUUCAGUUUGCAUCUGCUUGACUGAUGUAAAAAAAAAAAACUACAUAAAGGGUUUACAUGUCACCGAGCUGCUGUUGCACACCGAGCAUUGGCUUGUAAAAUAAAAAGAUUAUUGUAGUUCUUAUGUGAAUAUGCACCAUUUCAGGCAGUGUUUGUAUAACCAACAAGGCAUCCCUUUUUUAAACGAGGUCGGCAAAGCUCAGAAUAAUAGAUAGUCUGUGUAGUGAUUAUGGUGGAUCAUCCUGUGUAAACCGUUACUGUGCGCUGGUUCUUUGAUUUGACACAAAGUGUGUGUGUGCGCGUGGGUGUGUGGGGGGCUGCAGGCACAGUUCUUCACUUUACAGAGCUUUUCUUCUCUAAUCCCUACGAGAGCUUCAAGUAGAUGUGUGUGUGUGUGUGUGUGUGUGUGUGUGUGUGUGUGUGUGUGUGUGUGUGUGCAUGUUAUUAUGUCAGUGCAAAGCGGCAUAAUGACAUGAUACGAGGGACAGGUCAACAGUUUUGCUGCAGCAUUGCUGCGCUCUCUCUCUGUUUAUGUAAGAGUAGUGCAAGUGAAUAAAGCUAGUGUGUGUUGGUUUUUAGACGAGUCAGUCAGACCGAGUUACUGUGGCUCACUGCAUCGUCCAGACAAGACACAGCAGACAUCAUGUACCCCGAUGACAGCCACACGGUAGGGCAGUUUCUUGGUUUCAUGCUUAUGUCCUUUUUUGGCAGCUUUGACAACUACAGUCAAAGUAAAAAAGCAGGCCUCUUGCAGACACCGCACAAUGACGAGUGACGUUAGCAGCAUGAGCAACGCUAGUCAAUCAAUCCAAGACUGUAGCUUGUUGCUGUCGUGGGAAUCUUUUCAUUGUGGUAACCUCUACAAAGGUCCAACACACUCUCUUCCUUGAUGCUGGAAUACUUCUGAUUUCUGUUUUUCUCCGUAAUGGUAAUUGUCUAGCUUAUUUUCAAACGUACAAGUUUGUUGAUCCCGAGAAGAGACCAGUCAAACGCACUUUUCUGUAUUUUCAAUUUUUUAGUGAUGAAAUUGACUGGAAGAUGUCACAAAGUACAGUGCUGGACCUCUGCCCAUCAAGGAAGACACAAUAAAGUCUCGAACUAGGAACUGCCUACAUUGUUACAUUGUGGCGGUACCCUUUCCUGAGUGGAUCAGUAGAGUAUGGCUAUGUGUCUGCAUCUAACUGGCUCCAGUUUGUGUCAAUCAAGGGUGUGGGUGUGUGCUUUCUACGUGUGCAAGCUGAAGCAGGCUUGAUAAAGUUGCCAGGCAACCUGUCUGUGAAAAAUUCAAGUAACUAAAUUUGUUUGAUUUUCUCACCACUGUACUUGUGUCAGGUGAUCAUAAUUGCUAUGCUGUGUUGAUUUAAUCGACGCAAUUAUGCUUGUUAUGAUUUUAUUGAAAAAAAAACAGAUUCUUGUUUUGUUGCUUUUCAGUUUGCAUCUGCUUGACUGAUGUAAAAAAAAAAAACUACAUAAAGGGUUUACAUGUCACCGAGCUGCUGUUGCACACCGAGCAUUGGCUUGUAAAAUAAAAAGAUUAUUGUAGUUCUUAUGUGAAUAUGCACCAUUUCAGGCAGUGUUUGUAUAACCAACAAGGCAUCCCUUUUUUAAACGAGGUCGGCAAAGCUCAGAAUAAUAGAUAGUCUGUGUAGUGAUUAUGGUGGAUCAUCCUGUGUAAACCGUUACUGUGCGCUGGUUCUUUGAUUUGACACAAAGUGUGUGUGUGCGCGUGGGUGUGUGGGGGGCUGCAGGCACAGUUCUUCACUUUACAGAGCUUUUCUUCUCUAAUCCCUACGAGAGCUUCAAGUAGAUGUGUGUGUGUGUGUGUGUGUGUGUGUGUGUGUGUGUGUGUGUGUGUGUGUGUGCAUGUUAUUAUGUCAGUGCAAAGCGGCAUAAUGACAUGAUACGAGGGACAGGUCAACAGUUUUGCUGCAGCAUUGCUGCGCUCUCUCUCUGUUUAUGUAAGAGUAGUGCAAGUGAAUAAAGCUAGUGUGUGUUGGUUUUUAGACGAGUCAGUCAGACCGAGUUACUGUGGCUCACUGCAUCGUCCAGACAAGACACAGCAGACAUCAUGUACCCCGAUGACAGCCACACGGUAGGGCAGUUUCUUGGUUUCAUGCUUAUGUCCUUUUUUGGCAGCUUUGACAACUACAGUCAAAGUAAAAAAGCAGGCCUCUUGCAGACACCGCACAAUGACGAGUGACGUUAGCAGCAUGAGCAACGCUAGUCAAUCAAUCCAAGACUGUAGCUUGUUGCUGUCGUGGGAAUCUUUUCAUUGUGGUAACCUCUACAAAGGUCCAACACACUCUCUUCCUUGAUGCUGGAAUACUUCUGAUUUCUGUUUUUCUCCGUAAUGGUAAUUGUCUAGCUUAUUUUGAAACGUACAAGUUUGUUGAUCCCGAGAAGAGACCAGUCAAACGCACUUUUCUGUAUUUUCAAUUUUUUAGUGAUGAAAUUGACUGGAAGAUGUCACAAAGUACAGUGCUGGACCUCUGCCCAUCAAGGAAGACACAAUAAAGUCUCUAACUAGGAACUGCCUACAUUGUUACAUUGUGGCGGUACCCUUUCCUGAGUGGAUCAGUAGAGUAUGGCUAUGUGUCUGCAUCUAACUGGCUCCAGUUUGUGUCAAUCAAGGGUGUGGGUGUGUGCUUUCUACGUGUGCAAGCUGAAGCAGGCUUGAUAAAGUUGCCAGGCAACCUGUCUGUGAAAAAUUCAAGUAACAGUACAUCCAUUGUUUAAUUCUACAGUACUUCUGUUGUCAAAUUCUAGUCAACUCUGAAUUUGGAACAUGCUGAACAAAGUUAUAUUGCAAUACAUCACAUAUGUACACUUAUACAGUUUAUCAUGUCUGAAAACAAGUAGGAAGAAGCAGAGCUUAUUUAAUCCUACCCCUUCUCUAUGUCUCAGCAAUUAUGUUUGUUCACUUCCUCUGUUUAACAUGUACCAGGUUACCAAUUUUCUAAUAGUGAAAGAAAAAGUAUGUGUAAUAGUAAGUGAAUAGAGUUUGUAGAAAGUUUAUUCCAUAAUAAAGAAUGAAUACAGGUGCAUCCAAAUAAAUUAGAAUGUCAUGCACAAUGUGUUUGAUUUCAGAAGUCAAAGACAAAGAAACCAAUUCAGUGCAUUUUUUUUUAUUCGCGCUUGAGUUUACAAUAUUGAACUUUUUCACACAUUUUGAAAUGUUCUGAGACACUGAAUCUGAGGUUUUUAUUAGCUAUAAACUAAAACUUAUUAGUAAAUGAAGUAAAUUCUUGAUGGAGUGAAUCUAAUAUAAGCACUCAGCUACUGACAAAGCAGCUUUCAAAAAUAUUCUAAUUCAUUGAGAUGCACCUGUAGGUAGAUAAAUAAAUAAAGGAGUAAAGCUAACAGAAGCAUAAUGUUCUGUUUCUUGAAAUAUACAAUAGUCCCCCGCUUUUGCAGGAGUCCCGUGUCAGGCCCACCAGCGCGAUUGGCGAACAUCCACAAGUAAUUGAGACUCAGAUGAUACACGACUCAAACCUUCGUGCCAUUGUUCACUUGCAACAUAAUCCAAGUUUAAGAUCUAAAUCUAAAUAUCUAAAUAUGCCUCACACACUUAUUAAAGGCAUUUUAAAGUUUAAAAUGUAUAGGUGCUCCCCACUAAUUAGCUUCGGAGAAAGUUACGUCUAUUUUUAACUUUUGCUUUUGUAGCAGGCAACUUUGGUGCAUUCAAGGACAAUAAAACAAAGUGCAACAUCUCAACUUUGGUAAACAAUUAUUAAUAGUGAAGCAUAAAGACACAAACGUAAAAUUGCGGGAUGGCACAUGUAUGUAUGCUCUGCAUUUUUAUCACAUAUUUACGAAAUAAUAUCAACCUUGGGUGAAUGAGAUGUGUUUUCUGCUGGAGAAAAAAAUAUUUUGGGCUGGGGAAAAAAACUUUUUUUUUUUUACCAAAAAUCUGCGACUUUUGCGCCGAAUGGGGAAUAUGCAGGGAUCCUCUGUAUAACUUCUUAGCAUAUCUACAUGGGUUGGUUUUAGCCUGUUUACAAGAUGAUAAAAAAAAUAUCCUCGGUGCAAAAAGUUUAGAGUUUCCACUGUAAUCCUCUUGCAGAAUCUCAUUAGUCAUGCUAGAAUACUUUGGAGAGAUAUUCCUAAUCCCAGUCAGACAACCAGCCUUACGUAAACCCACACAUUUUAGUGUUCGUUAUGUAUUCAUCAUCAGUUAUCCAAAGCACUGAUUGUUUGCAUUGAAGCCAUAUUGUCAGUAGGCAGAAUGAAGAGACUCAGUAAUGUUGAAAGUGAUGAUGCAGGGUUUCUGCUACAUGUACAGCAAUUGAUCGUGCCGUACCGCCACCAAAAUAAAGGCCGCCACACCUUUAAAAAGUGGUUUGUUUGUUUUUUUAGAACUUGAAAAAAAUGUUAAGUAUUGUAUUGUAUAAAUGGAUGUAUAUACUAAAUAUAUAAUAUGUAGCUUAUUUACCCACAUAUUGACCACAAUUAGUUUGAAAAAAAAUUUAAAUGUCAUAAAAAUGUUUCACUACGCUUAAUUUUGGUAAUCAUGCACUGAUAUCGUCUGUCUGCCGUGUUGGCACAGUACAUGACCGGAAGGGACGCACUUUGUUCCUUACAGUGAGAAUGAAAAAUAGUACGUAAAAUGUUUCAGUCACUUGUCGACAGCUUGUCACAGGCUAAGCCUAUGUAUUGGCAGUGUGUGUGAUCGCUCACAUUUCAAUCACAUUCGACUUUCUGCAAUCUUUGUUUACACAUUUUGCCUGGUUCUCACUGCCUCUGUGGUGGCAGCUAGCUAGCUUGUUUUUGUCCCAUGGGCGAGCUACAAGUGGCUACCACGUUCUUUGGGUACAUGCUAACUUACUUUUUAAAGUGUCACUUCACAAUCUAGCUCUCUUGUUAUCAUUGUAAUACUUAUGGCUUGUCUACAAAACACUAGAUGUGUGUCUAAGUUGAUCAACAUUAAGUUUUAAGAUAGUGACAUAUCACAGGGGUCUCCAACAGGUAGCUCGUAUGCUAGCAGUAGCUCACCAGCUGAUGUUGAGUAGUUCACAGAAUAUUUGCUUCACCUCUUAGUAUUUUUAUAAGUGUUCAAUUCAGACAUGAUGCCUGUAUUUAAUGACAAAUGAGCACGCUGAGUGAAGAUGUGCUUUGUUUUUGAAGUGCAAUUUAAAUGUUGGCAAUCGCAUUAAACACACAUAGCUCAUCUCUCCUUUCUUUUUGUCAUUCCAUUCCAUUCCAUUUUCUUCCGCUUAUCUGAGUCCGUGUCGCGGGGGCAGCAGUCUCAGUAGGGAAGUCCAGACUUCCCUGUCCCCUGCCACCUUUUCCAUCUCCACCGGGACGACCCCAAGGCGUUCCCAGGCCAGCUGUGAGACAUAAUCCCUCCAGCGAGUCUUGGGUCUGCCCCAGGGCCUUCUCCUGGCUGGGCAUGCCCAGAACACAUCAGCAAGGAGGCGUCCGGGAGGCAUCCGGACUAGAUGCCCAAACCACCUCAACUGGCUCCUCUCAAUGUGAAGGAGCAGAGGCUCUACUCUGAGCUUCUCCCAGGUGACCAAGCUCCUCACCCUCCUUUCUUAGGGUGAGCCCAGCCACCCUACGUAGGAAACUCAUUUCAGCCGCAUUAAUGCAGACGCUGUGCUUAUCUGCCUGUCGACCUCACGCUCCAGCCUUCCCUCACCCCUGAACAAGACUCCGAGAUACUUGAACUCCUCCUCCACCUCACUUCCAACUCGGAAGGUGCAGUCUACCCUUUUUGGUCUGAAAACUAGGACCUCGGAUUUGUAGGUGCCGAGUCUCAUCCCAGAAGCUUCACACUCAGCUGCAAACGCUGAAGGGCACAGCCUGAUGAGGCCAUCGGAACUACAUUGUCUGUGAAUAGCAGAGAAGAGAUCCUAAGGUCCCCAAACUGGACCCUCUCAAGGCCUUGGCUGCGGCUAGAAAUUCUGUCCAUGAAAGUGAUGAACAGAAUCAGUGACAAAGGUAGUCUUGGCGGAGGCAAACGUUCACCUGAAACAGGCUCGACUUACUGCUGGCAAUGCGAACCAGGCUCCUGCUUCGGUUGUACAAGGAACGAAUGGCACGUAGUAGUCUGCCAUCAAUCCCGUACUCCCGGAGCACCCCCCACAGGAUACCACGAGGGACACUGUGGAAUGCCUUUUCCAGGUCCACAAAGCACAUGUACACCGGUUGGGCAAACUCCCAUGUACUCUCCAGCACCCUUGCAAAGGUGUAGAGCUGGUCCAGUGUUCCGCGCCCGGGACCAAAAUCACAUUGCCCCUCCUGCAGCCAAAGUUCAACUAACGGUUGUACCCUUCUCUCCAGCACCCUGUCAUAAACUUUCCCAGGGAGGCAAAGGAGUGUAAAGAGGGGGACCACCACCCCGGUCUGCCAGUCCAGAGUUACUGUUCCUGACUUCCAUGCAAUGUUGAAGAGACGUGUCAGCUAAUAUAGUCCCUCUACAUCCAACAGCCAUCAUUUUGUUAAAGUAUCUUUUAAUAGUGCUGGAAUUUGGAGACACGUACACUAUUAUAACCCUGGACUCUGAAUUUUAUCAUGUAAAUAUUUCAAUUGUUAUUUUGUUAUUUGUGUUAUUUUGAACUAAAAAAUAAUAUUAUUGAACAAUUCAUUUCCCAUGUAUUCAUAUAACUCUAAAAGAGGCAUCAAAUUAAAUUCAGGUUUGUGUCAAACAGUACAACAUUUUGUACUUUUAUACUAAUAGUCACAUAGUACUGUUUGACUAAGUAGGUUAGAUGACAAAGGAGGCUUGACGUUUUAGACUCUCAGUUUAAGUCCUCUCUGCAACAUUGCCAUUACGUUAACAGUUUUGCAAUGUUCACUGCUCAUGUUCUGCUGGUUGUUGAAAAAAGUUAAAUGAAUAAGUUAAUAAAUUGAUAAGGUGUAAUUUGUCAUUACUAAAAAUCAAAAUUUGCUGAUGCCGCAGCGGCAUGACACAGCGGCAACAGUCCGCCCUCCCAUGCAGCCCACCACCAGUUAAAAAAAAAAUCCUAGGGGAAACCCUGUGAUGGCAGGUCAAAGUGUUGACUAUGCUUCAUUACGUAAGUGGCGGCUACAUAACGUUUGUUUGGGCAGCUGUGCUGCUAAGCUGUGUGAUUUGCUUCUAGGGCAGAGCAUGACUGGCAGCAGGUAUAGGCUUUUUAUGUCCUCCAAAUAUGCACUUGGCCUUCAAAAGUGAGGACCAACAUUGUAAACAACUGCAAAGCAAAACGUGACAUUUUCGUUCAUGUUUUUGUUGAACAACUCCAACGUGGUAACAAAGUACACUGCUUCCUGCACGGCUUCAUCAUCUCUCCUCAUUUCAUACUAGAAUAAUCCCAAAUAUUGAUGUGUGCGCAGCGAUGUGCACAGUCAGCUGGCAUUAGUGAAUGUCAGUAUUGGCUGUCAAGCACUGGAGUGGAGAGAUUUCACCAAUAUACUUGUACUCUAUGCAGUAUACGUUCUGUAUGCAGAGCUCCCUCUGGCUCCCUCCCUCUUCAUCCAUGGCAGCAGUUGGCCAAUGAACUGCUCUUGUGAGUGUUAAGUUGCUGUGUGAUUAAGCCUGUCACGAUAAUCGAUAAAUCGAGUAACGAACGAUAAAAGAAAAAACGAAGUCGAUAAUUUUGCCGGCCUCGAUUAAAUUGACAUGUACAUGCUUGCGUGUUUGUUUUCCUCGUCUCUGUUUACCGCACAGGCUGGAACAAGAGGGUUCAUUCUGCAUCUGUCUGUGCGCAUUGGUGAUCCGGUAGAAUGAACGAAGAGAGUGAACCCUCCUUUCAUCCAUUCAGCCUCUUUGUCCCAGUAUGUAGCGGCGGGCUACUACUGAGUGCUAGCUAUCAGCAAGUUACCCUCUUGACCAAGCAUACGCUAACAUGAUUGAAGGCACAAAAGCGUGAGACAUACGCAGUUAGCCUCUAACUUAAUUUCUCAAAUAAUGCCAUCAACUGUCUGUCAUUUAGUGCUUCGCUUUAUAAAUGUUGCAAGGUGGUUGCUCUACCUUCUCCUUGCACAGAUGCAACUGCAGGCGCAAAGUAUAAGACUGGUUUGUCUAAACCAGGGGUCGGCAACCCGUGGCACCGGAGCCGCAUGCGGCUCGACAGCCUCCACGUUGCGGCUCCCUUUGCUGAGCUUGGUGAUUUUCUUUUUAACACCGAAGAAGGGAAAGUGCAUUUUUGAAAAGAAUUUGAAAUAUCCGACUCAUCGCAAGUCCGUGAAUGCAUCUAGACUGCGUUCUCACUCAUGAUUGGAUGAGCAAGAGAAGGGGACGUAGGCUAGUGUAUGCGGUGAGUCUCACCGGAGAGAAAAAAGUUGACCAAGUUUGGAGUUGAGUCUGAAGCAAGAAUUUACAAGAGCAUAGCAAUAUGUUUUAUAACGAGAAGCGCGCUGUAGCUAUGUGACACACUAAUCGACGAGGUGGUGAGGUGGAUAGUGUGCUGCGGGAGCUGACCGUGUCACCCUGCCUGUGACUGCUAUGAGGUGGGGCAGAACAAUAUGUUUCACUUUUACAUCUCCAAAUACCAGUCCCUACAUUUGUCGCCAGUCGCUUUUUGGAAAAUAAAUCAUCAAGAGGGUUUAGAAAGUGGCCAGGUUUAGCGAGAAAAUGGCCAAGUUGGCAACACUCGGCUGCACAUGAGAUCGUAAGGAGGGGAAAGCCGUUCACAGAUGGAGAAUAUGUGGAAAAAAAUCGUUCAUAAAAAUAUCAGCAUCUAUUCUUGAAAUUAGAAAACAAACAAGAAAUGAUUCAGAAAAUGAAUGGCUCCCUCUGCAGAGACAGUCAAGGACAGGCUCAAUAGAAUGGUUAUUGAUGGCAAUUCAGCACAGGCAUAAACGCUGUUGAGCAAACAACACAUGCAAAAAUGUGAACUCUGAUGAGCUUUUUCAUGUUAAAGGUGGCUACACUUUGUUUUCUUUUUAAACAAAUACGGGAGCAACUGAAAAAGGCGUUUGAUGAUGAUUUCAGAGUAGGCCUACACACACUUGCUGCACUUUUAUUUGUUGAAUUUUGUUGCUGUAACAGGUAACAUUUAAAAAAGAUUACAACUUUGACAAGUUUGUACGCUGUGUUAUGUUUUGCGGCUCCAGACUAUUGUUUUUUUUUUUGUUUUUUUUUUACUGGAAGAGGAGGCAAAAUGGCUCUUUUGUUGCUAAAGGUUGCCGACCCCUGGUCUAAACAGUUUGUAUGUUUGCAUUUCUAAUAGUUGACAUUAAUGCAUCCUGUUAUUCACCAAAUGUGGGCAUUUGAAGUUCCUAAAACCUAAAAAGCUGUUCCAUAAAACAACUUUAAGCUGUCUUUUAAGUUGGCUGUCAAAAAUAGCGCGUUAAUGGUGGUAACUAAUUUAUUUCAUUCAUUAUGUAAAAUUGUUAACGUAAUUAAAGCAUGUGCGCUAUGUCAAGCCACCCCUCUCUGUUAUGGUGGCACACGGAGGCACAGUAGUGUCCCCACAGAGUCUAACGCUCAGCAGUGCCAUUCCAACACCAUAUACUGUAUGUAUGUCCAAAUCACAAACACGUCUCUAGUCCUCCUCGGAACCACACUUCCUCAUUGUCACGAGACCACAGCGAGAUCCAUUCAUGGACACUCUGAAAAUCACAACAAUGUUUUCAUUAUGAACGUAUGUGUGGUCUAAAUAAACAGAAAGACAAAGAAAAACAGUAUGUGGAUAUUCUUAUCACUCACUAAUGUAACUCAAUGCGGAAGUACAAUUUGCUGCAUUUAAGUAUGCUCGGAAAUCCCAGAAAAUCUGUCUACACUCAAAACAGUGAAUUCAACUUAAAAAAUUACGUGGUGUCUUUGAAUGCAAUACGACGGUUAAUGUAUGACUCAAAUGCUGGGCUACUAGAGUUAGGUAAAUAGUUGUUCUUACACGUGUACAUCUUUUAGCUUGAUUUAAAUUUUCAGUUCAUUUAGUUACAGUUAACUACAAAUAUAAAAAAUUGUGAUCUGUCAUUUUUUUUCAUAAAAUACAGUAAAAAAAAAAGCAUAUUUCACGCAUAGUUUCAAAUGGUGAUUACUCAUGAUUAAUUAAUUUGAAAUCUCUGAUUCAUUUGAUUACAUUUUUUAAUCAUUUGACAGCCCUACUUAUUUAUCUUUUUUGCUGUGGUGUAGUCUUCAUUUUUGACGCCUUUAAAAGGUCUUAGUGUUUCAAUUUGUAUUUGAAAAAUGUGCAAACACCUUGUUUAAUAGUCUAAACCAGUGGUUCCCAAACAUUUUACAGUCACAUAUGUUAAGAUCAGAGUUGUGGAAGCCCACAAAGGUGAGGCAGAUGCGGCAGAACAGGAGUCUUUCAUUUCUCCAACAGCAGGCAAAAAAAGGGCAACGGAAGGCGAAGCACACUGCUUGAAAAAAUAGGGUAGAUGCCUGAAAUAGUACACACCAAAAUAGGACCAAAAAAUACUUGGGUGUACUUACAACAAAGGUGGCGGAGGAAAAGACGCCAGGAGACGUAUCGAAUAAGUAGCUAGAAAAACAAACAUGCGCUGGAAAUAGGUGGUUGAGCAAAUAGAUCUAACGUACCAAGCAUGAGGCCUGCAACGAAACGAACCCACAACGAAGCGAAAAAAAGGUAGGCCAAAAAGUUAAUUGGCAACAGGUGCGUCUCCUGGCUCCGCCUCCUCAUCACCAAUCCCGAGAAGAUCUGAAAAAUAGAAACAAGGCUGGAGUAAACCAAAUAAAUGCCAUAAAGCCCUACAAAUGGCAAUAAGAAAAACUAAAACCUAGGACAUAACAGCAUACCCCUUCAGACAUUUGACUUGAAGCUACUGUAUGUACCCCCAACUCCUGCACAAUUUAAAAAAAAAAAAAAAAAAAAAAAAUCUUAUUUAACUUUAUAUUAAACAUAAUUAAUUGGUUAAUUUUAUAAUAAUUCCGGGUCAAAAAUGUUCAUACGACGGACACAGAGCAAUGAACAACCUCAUGCUCUGUCUCCUAUCUGCUCUUUUCUCCCUGCCCUGUGAGGCAUUCAGGCGCACUUGUCAUUGUGAGUUUUAGGAGCUAUUUGUUUUUCAUUUUUGACAUAUUUUUGUACAUUUUGAAUGUUUUCUAUGGACCAGAACCAUUGUCACUACCAAAUCAUUUACUGUAUCACAAUAAAGCACAUUUUGGUACACAUAUAUACAUUUUAUUUGGAAAAAAUCCUUUAUUUAUAUCUUUGUAUUUAUUUAUUUGUACAUUUUGGGCAAUUUCAACAUUUUCCAAAAGUUCUUUUGGAAGCUUUUUAAAAAAAAAAAAAAAAAAAAAAUAUUCAUUCCAUGGAAAGUGUUCAACUUUGACCAGUUCCAAAAUGUAGCAAUAUUAUCUGAGUUGUUCCAAGUGAAGACACAUAGUGUUUCAAACAAAGGACAUUCAAAUUGUCAGAUCUCCUACAUUUAAUAUUGCAUUCUCUUGCUGUGCGGUCAAAGCCAGUUUGGCUUCCUGUUUGUUCUGCACCACGCUGAUCAUUCCAUUCCAGAUCAUCUGAGUAGAUUUUUCUCCUGUUAUGUUCUUCCCAUUCCUCUUGAUGACUCACACUGUGUUUGAAACCACCACAUGUUGCUCCUCAUUAGCUGCAUCAUGUUCCGCCGCGGUGCCUGGACGGAAGGUAUGACUGGGCUGGCCCUCUUUUGGGCUCGUUGGACUGGUUUCAUCCCAGCAGGUUUGUGUUGCUGUUGAGUAAAUGAUGCACACAGUCCGUACCAGAAAGACCGGUUUAGCUCCUAUAAAUGAAGGUGCUGGAAUUCCCAAUAGGAAAAAGCUUUUUUAAAGACAGCUGAAUAUUCCAGGCUUUCAAGACUUUCUAUCAUUUGGAGUUGGUGGUCCUUAACAAGGCUUCGGUUACAGCAUGACGUAACUUAAUCAACUGAUGGUGAAAAGAUUGUUGAGAAAAUAGAUGAGAUGUUUUUUUUAUGUUGCCGCUUGCAACUUCCUAAUCUUGACGGACAGCUUUCACAGAAAACACACUUAUCAGUUGGAUCUUUCCACGUUGUUGUUGUUGUUGUUGCUGUUGAAGGUUAUCUAUAAGAAGGAUUAUGCUUGAUUCUGUGUUUCCUUCGUUAAGUAGCACCCUGCAGCACUCAGACAAACCCAGGCACUCACUGCUGUAUGGGCAAAUUGUCUUUUUCACAUCAGGUCGGAACAUGUUUGAAGGGAAGUGGUGUCUUUUUUUUUCCUUUUUUUUCAAGCCCGCAUCAUUGACUUGUGACUUGUGACUGUCAGGACUGCACAAGAGAAGCAGCAGCAGCAGUGUUGUUUCAUUGUGCCGUCACAUUGACCUUGUGUGCUUUGCUCUAAAUGUCUGCCAGCACUUCCCAGCUCAAGAUUCAUCACCACAGUGGAAGUUGCGAGAUUAAAAGUGUCAGGAGGUGUUCAAUACAAAAAAAUCAGCCUUUACAAAGAUAAUAAUGCUCAGUUGUGAUUGAUACUGUUAAUUUGUUUAUUAUUGUGUUUGUAGUUUAGUUUAAUAUUGAAAGCUGUGGUAACCUGAUUUAUGUACAUGAUUGGGAUCAUAUUAAACUGUACAGUAUUAUGUCUAGUAUAGCACAAAGUGUCGGUAGAUAAUGUGUACAUGGAUAGAUGAGAUGACUCUCUCUUCGUCGUUUAGUUCUUGACCCUCCUCCUACACUCCUCCAAAAAAAAAAAAGGUGAAUUGUUCAGGCCUGCAGCAGUUUAAGAAAAAUAAACAGUUGCAGCUAAACAUCAUUCUCACCUUUUUGGCAACAUUCUUCAAGCUGUGCAGAGGCGGGUCAGCCCCAAGUAUUCACUAACAUUAAAGCACAUUCCAUGACCAUGAACAACAAACAUCCCCUAUAGUAGCGGUGUCCAAAGUCCAGCCCCGGGGGCAUUUGUGGCCCAUAGCUGAAGGAUGAUUAAGGCCAUACUGAAAAGAAAAGAAAAGUUAUGAGAAAAAGUUGACAUGUUUUGAACAACAAAAAAAAAAAACUACAGUUAUAAAUGCCUUUGGCUAUUAGAAAUUGAUCAUUUUUUAAAAUUUUAAAAUAGAAAGCUUUUUAAAAUAUCAUUUAUGGUACUAUCAUUAUGUAAGACAUUGUCAAAUUUUUGUAUAUAAAGGGCUGUCAAAGUUAAUGCGCUAAUAAUAAAGGCACUUUUUUGACAGCCUUAUUUUGGGGGGAAUCCCAACUCUCUCAUCCUGACAUGCACAUACAUUGACAGGUUUUUGCAGUGCGGGGGUUGGACCACCAAUAUAAAUUAAAUCUUCAAGAUUAACCACUCUUAAUGUACAGUACAACAUAAGCAUCAAACUUACAUACUUGUUCAUAUACUGUAACUCACACAGAUCAAUGAGGAACUUCUUGCUCUGUCUUCUUCCUUCUUUCUGCUCUGAAGACGCUCGCAUCUUCUUCCGUUCUGGAACUCAUACGUAAACAAGAUGGCUGCAGCGCUCCGUCACGGAAAAAAAUUGGCAUUUCCAUGAGCAUCUUCAUCACAUACACCUGAAUGCACAGGCGACAGUGCACAGGGAUACGGCGGGAGACAAAUAUAUCUCUGAGCAUUCUGUGAGGUUUGAUUUUUUUUGGGGGGGGGGCAUUUUUGUGAUGCAAAUGUAUUACUCUUUUAAACGCAUAUUGUUAUGAGAAGCCAAACUCUUUACUGAAAUGACCCCAGCAACUAAGCAGAAUGACGUUCCUCGUCACAGAUCUCCGACCAGAACUGGACUCACAGGAUCAAUUGGGGGGUAAACCACUGUUGCUCUAGUACACUGCUGAUGGGGAUGUCAUACAACUUAAUGUCAAAAAAUCCAAACUAUCCCUUUAACUUAGAUUUAACAAAGAAGGUGUGAAACACUAUUGAAUUAAAGAAGAAACUCAACGCAAAGUACUAGGUUGGCGUCCCAUCCCCUCCCCCUUCUCUGCUCAUCAACGUCUUUGGCAAAAAAAGGUAAAAUUCAUGUUAAUUUUCAUUAACUAUUUAAUUGGUCAUUUGUAAUGAUUUCACAUUGUUUUCCAUCCAUCAAUUUUCAAUGUCGCUUAUCCUAAUUAGGAUCGAGGGGGUAUGCCGGAGCCUAUCUCAGCUGACUUCGGCUGAAAAGCGGGGUAUUUUACAUUGUUUUCUGCCUGUAAAACUAUAAUUAUUGUCUAAAAUAUUUCGAAUAUUUUUGUGUGUAACAGAUUUAUUGGAUUUACAUGAUUGUACGUUUGUUUUGUUUCUCGUCUGACCUUUUGGAACAAAGCAAUAAUGAAAACCCAGGCGCCACUGUAUCAGUUAUUGCUGAGACAUGGAGAAUGGUAACGGUUUAAUUUUAUUUUGAACAUGCAUACAGGUUACAUCGGAAUACAUCACAUUACUUUCGGCUUUUCCCUUCAGGGGUCGCCACAGCGAAUCAAUUGCCUCCAUCUAACCCUGUCUUCUGCAUCCUCUUCUCUCACACCAACUACCUUCAUGUCCUCUUUCACUACAUCCAUAAACCUUGAAAAGUUAAAUCAAUUAAUCUCACAAUAAAUUAAAAUAACGUCAAUAAUUUUGCUGGCAUCGAUAUAUUGACAUGUGCAUGCGUGUUUGUUUUCCUUCUCUCUCUCUACCAAACGGGCUGGAUGACAAGAGAGUUCACUCUGGGCUUCUGUCAUAACACCUGGCUGUGUUGGUUCGAUAGCGGAAUGAAUAGAGUGAGUGAACCCUCCUGUCAGUCAUUCAGUCUCUUUGUCCCAGUGGGGAGAGGUGGGGCGCUAGCAAAUGUGCACUCAUUAGAUGUGCGUCUCGUGUGCUACACAAUCAAAUACUUUCUUUGUGCCUACUGUGUAUAAAACACUAUCUGAUGUAAAUUUCAUCUCGUUUGAGUACCGUCAUUUUGUGACAUGAAAAAGUUUGUGACAAAGACACCAAAAUAAAUAAUACAAAACCGUGGAACUUACGUUUCAGCUGCCGUGAUUCCCGAAGUAUAACACCUCAUUGUGCACCAAAUGCAUUUUGCUGCAUCCAAAACAUAUACUUUGACCAAACUUCGACAAAAUGUUGCACCUCAUUAAACGUAAACAGCGUAUUACACACACAAUGUUGCUAAGUCAAUCAAGGAAGUGUAUAUGCAAAUGAGCUGACAUCUGCAUUGACACACAAUUUCAACUUCAGAGUAUUUACGGUUUAUUUCUCCAUUUUUUUUUGUCAAUAUCCAGAAGACAACGAAAGUGACACCGAUUCAAAAGCAGAAAUAUUGUGAUUGAUUGUGAUUUUUAUGUAAGUGCAAUUUUUGCUAAAAGAAACUGAGUUUUUCUGUCUUUUUUGUUUAGUUAUGUUGUUUAAUUUAUUUUAUUUAAAAACUUUGGACAUUCCAGUUACAAUGUUAAGUACUCAUAACAAGUGACAGUUGCUUUUAUAGCAGUGGACUCACAUUAUUAUGCCAUUACAUUAUCAUUACAUUAAUGAAAAAAACUCGUCUCAAAAUAAUGUUGACGAUAAUAUUGUUUAUCGGCAAUAAUUUGUGGAACGAUUAUCGUCCAGCAAAAUUUGUUAUAGUGACAGGCCAACUUAUACUGUUUGUUGAAAUGGUUCAUUUUAGUGCAUUGUUUGUGUUCUUGUUGAGAAGAAUUAUAUUAUGUUUUUGGGUAACAGGUUAUUUUUUGCUUUAUGCAUAAUUUUAGCUGUUUUAGGUUUACCAGAGCAGGGUUUCUAUGUUCUCUAUAACCGGCAUUAUGGAUUAUCCAAACUGAUCUUUUCUGUUCGUGAGUGAAGUGUACUUCUGUAGUUAUUUCCCCACAUCUCCACACAAUGAUUUCGACAUGGUAAAACCAGAAAGCAAUAGAGUAUGGAGUGAUUUUUGUUCCAGAACAAAUUUUGCUUUAUACAUUGAACAUACAUUGAAGUAUUGAAGUAUUGCCACUAUAUGCUGUAUAAUUAAUGUGGGAUUUCCCACUCAUUUUGUCGUCGAUUAUAACGCCGAGUAAUUUAUUUUCGUUCACGCUGUCAAUGACUAUGCCGUCUAUUUGUAUUUGCUCACAAAUGUCCUUUCUGCUAUUACCAAAUAGCAUUAUUUUAGUUUUAGUUAGGUUCAGCUAUAACCUCUCUUAAUCAAAGCAUAUUUUAAGGAAAGUCAUUUCAUCUGUGACUUUUCUUAUUAGCUCUUGCGGGCCUUCUUCAGAACAAAAUGAAGGGGUCGGAUUAAAUAAACUCUGCUUCUUCCGCCUCCUUUUUUGACAUGUUGAAUUGUGCAAGUUUGAAGUACUGCAAUGUGACAUUGUUAAGCACAUUAUGAAAUAAACUAGCCAUUACCAAUUUUUUUCAGCCCUCUGAUUGGCUGAGGUAUAGCGCCACCUGUUGCUUUGGCUAGCUUUGUCUUGUAGUUCAACACAACCUCUUGUGUUGUAAUGGGAAAAGCUGGAUUGCUAAACGGGUCACUAUAAAGCAUAGUUUCCUUCUUACGUAAACUGUUUAGCUCAUUUACAGUAAUGCCGUAAUUUGGGGCUCUUGCGAUGAUUUCUGUUGCCAAAGAGAAGGCCACUUGUGUGUCAUGCAUGACUCACAUGUACCCAGUGCCCACUCAUAGGAGGUCCAGUGUUUCAUGAUCCAUGACUUGAUCUUGUCGGGAUAUAUGACACUACGCCAACUACAACUACUUUGCCAAUGGAACAUUCCACGUCUUUGCUGGGAAUAAUCACAGUCCUGUGCUGAUUCCAUUGUCAUGAUGAUUCUCUUGAUACCACAUUGACUCUAUAAAAUUAAUUCCUCUGCCUACACCUUUUGUAAUGGCUCCUUCUUGGCCCAGGCAUCAGAUCUGUAUUUUUUUUAUGUAAUUCUAUGACAAAAUGACUUCUGUGAAAAAGGUUCAUUUUGGUUUUGAGGUCACAUUGUAGUCCUUUCUAAAGACUCUGCUUUGCGCUUCAGUUUUGUGGCCUGGAGGCAGCCGUGAAUGAAUAAAGUGCACUUUGUAGAUGGCUGCUCCCCUUAGAGAGGCUUUUAUCUUCACUCAUGUGUCAGUCACAGCAGCGCAGCUCAGUCUGUCGUAAUUUUGCCACCUUUAUGGCCAUUUAAAUUUAUCUCCUUCAGUAGCCGUCCCAGCACAUUUGACCUCAAAGGUCCCGUGUUUGCUCUCCACCCACCAUCAUGCUGGGCAGAGUGUAGCCCUAUUCGUUAGGCCCAGCUGUGCUGGAGGUUUAAGAGGGAUGCUGUCCCGAUGUGAAGAAACAAAUUUUGUUUCAAGGUCAGGACUCUGUUGGGCAACAUUAGGUGGAGCAGAUGGAUGGAAAGUGUUUCUAUGGGGGCUAUCCACAUGGAAACGUUUUCAAGUCAAAACGGCAAAGUAUUUCAUCAUUUCAGCCUCUCAUCCACAUAGAAACAACGUUCUGAGUGCCCUGAAACGGUAUUGUUUGAAAAUGGCUUUCAGAGUGGGAGGAUCUGUAAACGCUGGCUCGUCGUUUCCUCGAGUGUCUCGUCGAGUGUCCUGACUCAUCACAGUCGACAUUCUCCUGGUAUUUUCUUGUCUUAUACUUCCACAAUGACUUGCAGAAGUAAUUCCACUUUGUUGUAAGUCUAGACGAGCCUCGGCAAGCGGAAGACGACAGACUUAUGCGCAUGGGUUUUUCUUCAUCUACAGUAUGGUGUGUCAUGUGGUUCCGUAUUCGUGUCUGUUUACAGCGCCACACGUAGGUGUGACUUGUGUAUUACAUCGUUUUCACCUCAGUCAUGUGUUCCGUCUGGAUGCAACUAUUUACCCAUGUAUAAAAGAAAGGCAAGCACACAUCAUCAAAUUAAUGGCACUAAAUGAAUAUAGAAGAUCGGUACAAGCCGUGAGUUUGUUGUAGAGAAGAGAUAAGGAAGAUGAUAAUAUUGUGGUUUGAUGUGUUUGGGGGGCCGCACGGUUGUUAGCAUGUUGGCCAACACAGUAACAGCCUGGAGAUCGGGAAGACCUGGGUUCGAUUCUCCCUUGGGCAUUUCUGUGUGGAGUUUGCAUGUUCUCCCCGUGUGCGCUCCGGCUUCCUCCCACAUUCCAAAAACAUGCAUGUUAGGUUAAUUGUUGACUCUAAAUUGUCCAUAGGUAUGAAUGUGAGUGUGAGUGGUUGUUUGUCUAUAUGUGCACUGCCAUUGGCUGGCGACCAGUCCAGGGUGUACCCAGUUAGCUGGGAUAGGCUCCAGCAUGCCCCGCAACCCUAAUGAGGAGAAGCGGUUUGAAAAUGGAUGGAUGGAUGUGUUUGGGGACAGGCAAUGUGUGUGUUAGGUAAUCGUGGAAAAUGAGUCUUGAAUGAGCAUGGCAAUGAUGUCUUCACUGCCAUUGUGGAAAGUUCUGGAUGGGGGUAACGUAAUGAUGUAAUGGCCGAAUUUGCACAAUUGGCCAUGAUGCAUUUGGAAAAAGUGCGUAAAAAACAUGAAUAGCAAAACAAAAAUAUGUUUGGAGCUAUGAAUGAACUUUUUUCUUUCGCUUUAUCUAGAGGAGUCUGGUUACUCGGUAAAUAUAGCGACAAAGUCACUAAGUGUGCAUCACUGAUCCUUCCCGCUUUGUCGCCGCCUUUUUCUUCUCUGGCAUACUACAUGUAGGUGCGUUUUAUAAUGUGUUUAUGAGUGAGGGCGAAGAGGUAGCACUAAAUUUAUUUGUAGCGGGCCGCCACAAAAAUGAAUUUACUGGAAACACUGCAUUCACAUUAAAUUUGAUAUGUAGUUAUUUACAAAAAUAUUGAAAAUAAUAUUAUGAGUGUCAUUUAAAAAAAAUAAAUUAUAAUUGCUUUUGCCGGGUUGGCCACAGACCGUAAUCGGGCCUUUACCAGGGACUCCUGUUGUAAGUAAUGACACCCCACCAUUGUUGUUUUUGUUGUGACGCACACACACAAGCCUACACGGAUCUAAAUCUCUAAAUUCAGUCCUCAUUACAGGUAGUCCUCGGUUUACGGUGUUCCGUGUUGGUCCGUAAACACAAGACUUCCUCGAAGCCGUCCUCCACACACACACACACAGACACACACACACACACACACACACACACACACACACACACACACACGUGACAUUCAUGGCUUCACAGAGUGUCAGAAAUUACAAAAUUCUUUGAACAAUACAUAUAACUGCCAGGUCGCUACAGUAUCCUUGAGCAUGUUCAGUGAUCUGCUCCUAUGAAAGCGACCGUAAUAACUAAGCAGCACAGUGGAUUUUAGCUAUUUAGUUACUAGUUAUUACUGUAUUUUAUGCCCUUUAUGUGUUGUGUGUAUAGUGUAACUGACUUCAGCGUUAAUUUAUGUAUGACUUCCUAUUUACACGAAAAUUCGACUUACUUGUCAUAGGAAUGGAACUCGUUCGUAACCCAAGGACCACCUGUAGAACACCUGUAUUUUCAGUUUGAGCCUUUGCAUGUUCAACUGGAUCCAAAAUAAAACCAAAAAACAAAUUAUUAAACAAAAAUUAACUGUGCCAUGAGUCGGUUGUGAAUCAGGUUGUGUUCUUUUAUGUACUGCUGAAUGGGAAAUGGAGUGAAUGUGCUUUGUGUGUCACAGAGGGAUUAAUGCACACACGCACACACAAAUGUGGCCAUCUGUCUCACCACCUCUGAACCUGUAGCGCGGUGUGUUGUGGUACUUCAUGGAGUGAUUUACUACAUAUGUAUGAUUCCUUUUCCCCUCUCAUUCAACAUUCAGUAUGUUUCCAUCCAAUAAAUUGGUCAGAUUACUGAAAUAAUUUGGCUUCUUCAUUUUUCAUACCUCAGUGUGACGUCCCUGUUUAUAUGCUGUUUGAUAUUUAUAUCUCUACUGCGAUUAUUGACCAUAUGCUGUGUGCCUCCCAAAACACCAGUUGGUGCUUAUGCUCUUUUCAGCGCGGGUAAAUGUUUUUUUCCUGUUUUUCCGUCACAUAUAAAAAAAGCAUCUCGGAUCAGUGUUGCCAGGUCCGCUUAUUAGAAGCAACUUUGGACUUGCUUUUUUGUAAUGGUUUUUGCCAAUUUUGAAGUUCACUUUGUUUUGGGGUUGUUUUUGUGAAGUCGCUUGCGAAUUCCUAAGUUCCCAGUUGUUUCUGGCUUGUUUUUAGAGAGCUACUGUCUUGUUUCUUGCAAGACCUGGCAACACCGUCACCAUGUCUCGGCUGCAACUAUGCAUUAGAAGGGCUUCUACAAGCUACAUUGUGCUAUCAGCUAUGUCUCCAUUGAAGUGAUUACGCAAAAAAAAUUACAAGCUAGACACAACUGUUGCCCUCUAUUCAAUAUAGCAUGAGCAUCUUGACCUGGGUGGCUAGCAAUUUGCACAGAAACAAUACAGGUCGCCACAGUGAGAUGGCUUCCUGCAUUCAUAUGUACUACACUUUGUAUUAAAGAGCCACUAAUGGUAGACACCAAGGAUGUCCCGAUCCACAUUUUUAACCGAUCCAAUCCGGUACCGAUCUUUUUUUUGGUGGUUUUUUUUGGUGUUUUUUUUUUUACUUGUAUAAUUAUAAGCUUUUGUUACAAACACGAAUGUGUGGAAUUUAAUAUGGUUACGAAAAUAGCUCUUCAAAGCAAUAAAAAUAAUGCAAUCAAAGUAUUACGAAUUAACUGUUCUAUUACACAGCAUGACUAACAAUAUUGUUUGGCUUUUGAUGUAAUUCCGCGUUAUUAAUGUAAGAUAUUUUAAUGACACCCUUAUUUUGUUCACACUAUUAGACAAAUAUGACAAAGAGCGCGCUUAUUUUGAAGGCCGGAAUGUGUUGUGUCUGUUGAGAAUGGCACUUGACGGUUGAUAUGCGUUGGGCGCAAGAAUAAACGUGCCUCUCGUCUUUUUUCACUCAGAACCUGUACGUAGAUCCGCAACCGGAUUGGCCCGAUCUCGUGGCGGAAGCCGAUAUUAUCGAUCUUCACAAUCCUGAAGAUUGGAUCGGGACAACCCAAUAGACACAUAUUAGUUUGAACAGCUACAAGCAAGAACCACCGAACAUUGACAGAUGGUAGCUAGAAGCACUACUGGCAAUGUAUAUGCAGUAAACAAUUUAUACACAAUCAUUGUUGAUCAAUCAAUGGCAGAACACAACGAGUUCCUUUUAGUGAAAGGACUGUAUGGAUACGAAUUUGAAUAAAAUCACAACAGUGAUUUUGUAGUUGUCUUGUGAUGUUUGCCUCUGUGACUGGCUUUGAAUGUCAACUUGUGUGCGUUGUGUGUGUGCUGUUAUAUAGAAGUAUAACAAAAGGGUGAUGGUUAUAGACUACAUAAGUAUAUGUUUGCUGUAUUCCAUAGCGUUCAGUCAGGAACCAUACCCAGACCUUUGUCUGCAGCUCUGAGGCAUCACUGCUACGCUAGCCUAAAAAGUGUAAAAGCCUUUUGAAUCUCAAGGUUGGUACAGUUGGUACAGUAUACAGUUUACUGUAUCUGCACAAAGUCAGAGCAGCCAGAGAGGCUGGUGCUCGCUUCUAAGGCCCAUCACAUUGCGACAGGUAAUAUAUUGUGGACAUGUUAUUGUACGCUUGUCCUUAAUGGACCCUCACAAUACCCAACGCUCACAGUCAACUGCAUCAAUGUAAAAUUAGCGUCAUUAGCUGUUAGCAGUUGGGUAGAUGAAAUUAAGAAGAUUAGUCAUUCUGCCUUGUGUUCCCUGCAGCUACUUCACCACAGUGCUAGUGUGCGUGUAACGCUCAGUGAGUCAACUCAGCAUUACUCAAGCAUUUUUAGACUCGAUUUCAGCACGUGUCGCAUAGAGAACACCAACAAUAUGGCCUCAAGUCACACUGAAUCAUAUCUGUUCACUUGUGCGUAUUUUUGUCACUCUCAAAUGUCAGCCUAACCAAAAUCAGGUUCCGAAAUUUUAAUAGUUACUCUGAGGCCUCACGUCUCGGCCUGCGGGGAACAAACCUGGUUCCCUGUGUUGAAGAAGGAACAGCAUAGGCUGACGCUAUAAACUCACAGAGGCGGUUGCACACUCUGCCGUCUAAACUCACACAAAUACAAAAGCUAGCCAUGUGAAAAUGCUGUGAUGGGUAUGGAAAGGACCCCAACAUGGCGAGCUAAACUGAACUUGAUUGGUUGAAGCGUGACUUCAGAUCAACACCAUGUCAUAACAACUGACAGAAGAGGGCUUGUAGCCAAAAACAGUUAGUGGGUAGUCUCGAACACUCCCAUUGGCUUUAAAGCAUUCCAAACGUGCAGUAGAAUGAAAUCCUGAAGGGAACAGGAAGCAAGAGGGUUUUCUGACGUGUCUGUACUUGUUCAACCACGCAGCCAAACCACUCGCGUGUCUUCAAGCAUUCAAAGUGUGAAUGUUUUGUGUUUGCAUGGCCCACCGCACUGUGGUAUGCAGUGAAGCAGGUUUAUGUGUGUCAAAGACAAAACGGAGAAGAAAUGGGCUAAAAAUGUGGAAUCCCGAUAUGAAAGACCGGACACACUUUUUGUGACUCUUCACUCUGCUGUGCAGUAAAAUAAAAAAUAAAAAUAAAAAAAAAAUAUCCAAUGGCACAGUACCUCGUUCGAGUAGUUAGCUGGUUUACUAUAUGUUGCAUAUUUUUUUGAUAAUGUUCGUAGUAGGGAUGUAAAUCUCUUGGUGUUAGACGAUUCGAUUCAAAUCUAGACAUACGAUUAAAAAAAUAUAUAUAUAUAAUAUAUAUAUACAGUAUUUAAAAAACAAUGAUUCGAUUCACUGUACAAACAAUACGAUUCCAUUACAUUCUAUGGUUAAUGUCUUCCCUCCAUCUAUUUUCUAUGCCGCUUAUCCUCAUUAGGAUCACAGGGAUAUGCUGGAGUCUAUCCCAGCUGACCAUAUACUUGUACAAGUAGACACACUCACAUGGACAAUUUAGAGUUGCCGACAUGCAAACUCCAUGCAGAGAUGCCCAAGUGGUGACCACUCGGCCACCGUGCGACCCAAUACAGUUGGAUGAUACCAGUCCCCAUGCACCAUGAGCCAGUGCUGCGACUAGCAGAGUUAGCCAGCUGGCAGAUAUUAAUCUUACAUUAUAAAAUAAAGAUGGCAAUUAUAUGAAAGUGGCAUUACAUACCCAAGCAUGCGCUGAUACUGUAUGCGCCUGUCAUCUUUUUUCACUCAGAACCUGUACUUCGUCAGUGCGCAUUGUAAAAUGGUCCUUACAUUAAAGCAGUAAAACACAACAAAACACACAUAUGAGUCGCGCACACACACACACACACACACACACACACACACACACACAGCUGCACUACCUCAACUAGGCGAACCGCGCUAGCUUCCGUUCACGCUCUGUAACAGAGGAGUUUCCAAAAUUUUUUGCAGCCGUUUCAACAUGUUUAGUAGUGUUUGUGCGGUCCAUAUUAUAAGGAACCAGCGGUUAGAGCGGCACUUACCGUGCGAGCUCCCUACACCGUGACGCAGCAGUCCAGGCACAGUGAGAGGGAACUACCACAGUAGCUACAGAGCCCAAUAUCCACCGUCCAAUGUGAAACUAAAACUUCAACACGGUACACAGCGGCCAUGUCUGCAUGGUGGUGUUGCUUUUCUUGUUCUUGCAGGUGGCGCGAGUCGAGUGGCAACCAGCUUUGAGGCACAACUUACCAUGUUGGAGUGUGGCUCAGAGUUACAAACGUGGUACGAUAACUGGAUCGGCCCGAUCUCGGGGCAGAAGCAGAUAUUAUCCGAUCUUCACAAAUACAGCGGAUCGGCAGCCGCUCCCGAUCCUGAAGAUGGGAUUGGGACAUCCCUAGUGCAAAGCCCCUUAAAUAAUUACACAUCUCUUUCCAGGACAGAAAUCAAAAUGUCAAAACAUUUCAGACUGAGCAUAGUGCUGUCAGCACUACAUUUCAAAGUAAUCAAGUUACCAUGCUCGCCUCUGUUGGUCUGGCUGGUUAAGUUUUGCACCCUUCCUGAAAUUAAUCCAAAGAUGUUCCAAACUUUGGCGUUCAAACGCUGGCUAGCUAGACGGCACGCUGGUGCUAGACGGCACGCUGGUCCUAGCCAGCUAACGCGUUUCACCGGCAGCACAGGCUCUCGCGUUUUGUAUAAGACACUGUCAACUGAUUGCUUCUUUUGUGAUACCCGGUGCAUGUCUCCACAAUCGAUUAAUCUAAAGAUUUAUGGCUGAUUAUUAUCGACAGGAGUCUUUUACUGGCACAUCGGAAUUGUUCGCUACUCAAACGACAUCCGGUUGCAUCGGUUUAUCGUUCACAUUCCCAGUUAGUAGGUGACAUACAUUGGACCACUUGAUGGUCGGAAAGUCCCUUCAUUAAUGUACACACAUACUCAAACAUACACAGGCAUAAAUGUCAGAUUAUGAAUUGGUUGAGAUAGUUCCACGUCUUAUUUUGUCAGAGGUUGACAAAAAAGAAAGCUACAUUGUGAAAUACUUCUUGCUUACCUUUUGAACCCACUCAUAUACAAAAUACUACAGAAUGGAAGUUGGACUACUACGACAGGUGUGAUGCUACAAGUGUGCACGUCUGAUGGCGCUCACAGAGGUCCAAGGAAUGCUCAGACACUUAAAAAAUUAGAAAAAAUUAGCGGGAACAUUGGCCAAGAAAUAGUGUUGUUUGAUCGUGGUCUGUAUAUGGUAGUUUUACUGGCCUUAAUCCCGUGUCUUAUUUUUCAACUGCACAUGUACUAGUCGGUGCAGCCAGUCAAGAAACAAAUUACUGGCUCUUGCAGUUCAGGAAAUGCACAAAUUAGUCACAGCACCACAUAAGAAGACCAGCUCUCAUUUAGCACACAAUAUAAAUGAAGACUAACUGCUUUUAAUGCAAAAUAUAUUUCCUUGUUUAAUGUACACUGAACAACGAACCAUUUGUGCACUGUCUCCUUCCUUCUGCACUGUACUCCCUGCACUGUGCAGGCGCUGUUCACAUGAGGCAUUCAAGCACACUGUGUAACUCUGAGAGUUAGGCAGGAGUGUAGUAGUAAUUAUUAUUCACAUACCCCCUACGGCAAUUAUUGUACCCCGUACUCCACUUUGGGAACCUAGGAUAUAGAGGAUCUUUGACAAGCAUUUUUUGCAAUAGAUCUUUAAACACAGCACAAGUGCUUCUGUCAUAUGGAGGAUCAUUGACGAGUGUAAACAUAUUGCUUGUGUUUUAAUGUUUGACUGACUUGAUUUAUGAAUAUACAGUAUUAGCCAUUAGUCAAAAUGAGGCCGGCACUGACAUGAUAUACAAAAUAAGAAUAAUAGUGAAGGUAGAAGUCCUGCCCUCCUGUUAUUCCUUAACUUUCUGAAAAUGUGGGCACCUGAACAAUUUUAGUUGAAUUGUCCUCCACUAGAGUCGCAUGGUAGUGCUUUGCUCAAGUGCACAUUCGUAGCUUUCAGAAAGUGAAAUGCUGUCUUUUUAGCAACCAUCACCGAUAUUGCAUACUCUUUGUCUGCAGGGACAGACUGAGCUAUUGCCAUCCCAAAGUAACUCUCCACUGGGAUGUAAUUAUUAGUCAGACAAAAUAAAUAAGUGUUCAGAUCCCACAAAAGCUCACCCUAAAUAUAGACUGUCACCUUAAAGCAUCUCCAGCAAUUCCUUUUCCAAUAUUAGCCCUGAUGCCUGAAGGUCUGCAGACUUCCUGCCACGCUGUCUAUCACAGUUGUCAGUCUGGUUGUGAUUUAUCUGCAGGUGAGCACCGGACCACCUGAUUGUUAUUCCACUGCAGACCCGCAGGCGCGACAGAUAAGCCUGUGCUGCUCUAUUUGGGACUGCCAGUAACUCUGCGCAUCUGUUCUUCUCCUCUACACAUUAACUUCCGCUCUGGCCUGAAAUAAGAAAUUAAGAGCAUGCUAAGCUGCACACUGAGCAGGCUGCUGAUUGGCUCGCUUCUGUGUGGCAUACUCUCGAGCCGGUUCAGUUGGCACUAUGUCAUGCGGGAUUUUGGCUUCACUAGUCGGCAUUUAUUGCCACAAAGGGAAUGCAGGGUUGUUGUGAAUUUAAUGGUGGCUACUUCAACCGGUGGUGUCCUAAGUGCAGCACGAGGGCCAUUUUCAGCCCGCAGCUCGUUUUUUGUUGGCCCUUGGCAUAUUGUCGCAAGUCGCAAGCUCUUUCUUUGGCAGGAGCCAGUCACGAGCUAUCAGUGCACUCAGAACGUACUUGUCAACCCAUUGGAAGUAAGUGGAGGUCAGUAUAUAUACCAAUAUACAAACAUACGUCUGACUAACGGUGUCAUCUUUCAAAGAACACUUUACUAACAGCACUAAAUUCAUCACAUAGCAACUUAAUACUCAAAAGGUCUGUACAAACAUGUCCCAACACGAGUUUAAAAAAGAAAGUGUUCCUAUAAGGCAAAAAAUUUGGUGGGUGCCACUUAUACACCGGAAUUUACGCUAUAUUAUUAGAUAUUUUGCUAAUUUGUUUUGUCACCUAUAACACAAAGCUAAGAUGUCAGUGUUUUUUCAAAUAUUGGUUCACAGCUUCUUCCAGUGGAGUACCCCCUGUGGAAUAUAUUCUAUAGCCAAGAACCCCCUAACCAUAGAAAAGCAUUUUUGGUGACGUAAAGAUGUAAAACACAGCGCUGAAGCAUCACUAUCCGAUUUAUUAACGAUUAUCAGUGCUCAUCUGUAGGGGUGUCAUGAGAUAUGGUACGUACGAUACGGGAGAUUGGAUCUACGAGAACGAGACAAGAUAAGAUUUUCACAAAAAUAUAUGACAAUGGAUUGCAAUUUACUAAUUUAAUUUACUACGUUACGUUCUUCUGAAUUCAGUGUGUAUGCUACCGGCCCCGCCUCCACCCACCGAGUCAAGAAACUGUAUGACUGACAAAAGGGCUCACUCCAUUCAUGCCGUUCUAUGGAACAAACAUGCCAAGGUGCUGAAACCAGUACACAGAGUGAAUUCUCUUCCUGCCUGUUUGGAGGCAGGAGACUAGGAAAACAGACAUAUAUUAUUAUUGAAGCUGGCAAAAUUAUUGAAUUCAUUUUCAAUUAUUUUCAAUUCAAUUCAAUUCAUUUUCACUAAUUAAUUUAUCAUCCCAGACCGAGUGCCCACGACAACAAGAAAUCUUGUCACGUUUUAAUUUUGCGAGAUCUUGUUGCACGAGAUCUUGUGAAACCCCUACUCAUCUGUAGUUGCUUGUUUUAAAAUAUUUGGAAAUAUAAGUACACAAUUAGUAACAUUAAAGCUGCUAUUUCCAGUGGUUUAGAGGGUGCUCGCGUUGGAACGAGCUGCAAGCAUUAUAUGCCGCCCUCUUCCUGGUCUGAUAAUGUAAGCUACAGCUGAUAAUGUAAGCUUGUUAAAUCUCAAGUACCACCUAGAGUGCCUUCACGUACCCCAAGUACCCUUAUUUGAGAACCAAGCAUAUACCAUAUUUAAUCCACAAAGUCUAUCAAAGUGGCCACCUGCAUCCCACAAUUUGUCUGUAUGCGGCCCUCGCUGGAAAAAGUUUGGACACCCCUGGCUUAAACUGUUAUGUCUUAAGGUACAUUUACGCAUCAAAAGCCCAGUUAAAUUGUUUGGUGAUGGCCAGUCUGCACAUAUUCUGCUCCGCAUCAACCUCGGUUGACACCAGAGCUCUACCUGGGCAGAAGCUAUUGCGCCACAGUGACAAGUGCUGCUCAGGCAAGUGUAGUCUUAACUUGUAUUGAGAUUCUCUGGAAAUGAUCUCUUCUGACUGUCUGUCAUAGUAAGGAUGUGAAGGCAUUCCUCAGGGCCGCUGGUGCAAAGGAACCAGAUGUUUGUGCUGUAAAGACCGUGUUAAUAAAAAUACCUUCCACAUCACCACUGCACAGACCAUAAAUACACAUGUAAAGUGUCCUCUUAGCAACCUUUCCUUCUGGCUUCUUGCGCUUUCAAUAAGCGCUACUUUGUCAGGGCCAGAGGUCACCGUCUUAAUGUCCCACUGCAAUUUUGUGCUUUUGCAGCUCAGUGUUGAUGAGGUGGUCAUCCAGUUGGCGGCAGAUGUCCACCAGCAGCUGCGUGCUAAUAUACUGAUCCUAUAAUGGUGUUCAGAGUCUUGCCAUGCAUUUUUAAUGAGCCAGUGUAGCCUUUAGUUACAUAAGAGGUUAUUUAGCCAUGGCUUUACUGCUGCAGUUGGUGAAACUCUGCGGUUUAAUGCCAGUUCAAGGGAAACCCUCCUUGUUUUAAGAAUGUGCUUUUGGGGGGGUUUCCCACUUUGUAUUUAAAAACAACCUCGAGAGGAGGAUGUGGUUAUGUGGUUGAAAUGAGAUAGCAGGCGUCCGCUGUCUUAACGGUUGAUUGACUGGCAGGACUUCCCCCUUUGAUUCGUCCACUCACUAGAUCACAUGUAUUGAGAUGAGAGUAGCCUCUAAAAUGCUGCACUGCAGUCAAUUGCCGGACAAUGGCAGUGAUCCGAUUGAGGAGGAGUAUUUUUAGUGUGGUCUCCAUACACGAAGAUGACUUUGCAGCUUACCCUCCACCAGAGACGGUUUCUUCGUCAGGCCGCGGACGCCCCGAGUCACCUGUGUACAGCAACCUGCAGGAGCUGAAGAUUACCCAGUCCACUGUCCCCCCGCUGCCCUCCAGCUCCCCCCUCCAGGUGCUGGGUGACUGGGAAACGUACAGGGACCAGAAUGGCAGACAUUUCUACUUUAACCGCUCCACCCAGGAGAGGACUUGGAAGCCCCCCCGGGCCAGGGACGCCAACUUGGGGAGCUCCCGAGGAGAGAACACCAGCCCUGGGGAGAGCUCUGAGAGCACUCCUCUGUCACUAUCGCCAUCUUUCUUUCCCUACCUGUCGCUCUCAAUCGGCCGCCUGGAGCCUCUGUCAUCAGAGGACACCUGCUUCAGCGCCUACUCUAGCCUGUCAGACAGUCAGUAUGGCUCGCCGCCCCGUGGUUGGUCGGAGGAGAUGGAUGAGCACGGCCACACGCUGUACGUCAGCGACUAUACUAACGAGAAGUGGUUAAAGCAUGUUGAUGAGCAGGGUCGGCCGUAUUACUACAGUGCAGACGGCUCCAGGUCUGAGUGGGAGCUGCCAAAGUACAACCAUUCCCCGCCACAGAUAGCCGGGGAUGCCCCAAAGACUCGUAGUCUGGACAGGAGACAGGUGGAGCCCAUCAUCUUGACCAAGUGGAGACACAGCACCUACGUCCAAGAGCCCAACGAGAAGGACGCACCUCAGAGCCCCAAGUCCCCCUCACCUGACUCAGACUCCAGCCCUUCUUCUCCUAAGCCCCCUAACUCUCCCUCUGAGAAAUGCGGUGUGCUGAACGUGACAAAGAUUACAGAGAACGGCAAGAAAGUUCGGAAAAACUGGACUUCCUCCUGGACUGUCCUGCAAGGAUCCACCUUGCUCUUUGCCAAAGGUCAGGGAGGUGGAACCAGCUGGUUUGGUGGUGGUCAGUCCAAACCAGAGUUCACCGUCGACCUGAAAGGCGGCUCUGUGGACUGGGCCUCCAAGGACAAGUCCAGCAAGAAACACGUUAUAGAGCUGAAGACCCGGCAGGGCACGGAGCUGCUGAUCCAGUCUGAAAAUGACGGCACCGUCAAAGAGUGGUACCGAGCGCUGCGGGACACCAUCAGCAGCCCUGUGAGGAACCCCACCCCGCCCUCUAUGGCGUGUGAGUCUGAUGAAGCCAUAGAAGAAGACAUGCCCGAGUCACCUGGCACAGAGAAGCAGGACAAAGAGAAGGAGAACAGAGACGCCAAGAAAACCAGAGCCAUGAAGACGUCUGCCAGCAUAGACGGCACCGACAACAAGAAGACCAAACACAAGCUGAAGAAGUUUCUGACUCGCAGACCCACCCUGCAGGCCGUCAGAGACAAAGGCUACAUUAAAGAUCAAGUGUUUGGCUGUAGCCUGUCCAGUCUCUGCCAGAGGGAGAACAGCACUGUUCCCACUUUUGUCAAGAUGUGCAUCGACCAUGUGGAGAACAACGGCCUGUGUGUGGACGGCCUGUACAGAGUCAGCGGAAACCUGGCGCUGAUACAGAAGCUGCGCUUUGCAGUCAGUGACGAUCAAAAUGUGAGCCUGGCAGACGGCAAGUGGGAGGACAUCCACGUGAUCACCGGAGCUUUAAAGAUGUUCUUCAGGGAGCUUCCUGAGCCGCUCUUCACCUACAACCUCUUCCACGACUUUGUCAGCUCCAUCAAGUUUCCAGACUACAAGCAGAGGGUCCAUGCCAUCAAAGAACUGGUCCAACAGCUCCCUGAGCCGAACCACGACACUAUGCAAGCUCUCUUCAAACACCUCAGAAAGGUGAUUGACCAUGGUGAGGAGAACCGCAUGACCAACCAGAGCAUCGCCAUCGUGUUUGGACCUACACUGCUGCGGCCCGAGAUGGAGACAUGGAACAUGGCAGUUCACAUGGUCUACCAGAACCAGAUAGUGGAGCUAAUACUCUUAGAGUACGAGAACAUAUUUGGCAGGUAGACAGCCGUGUGGGGAAAUGACCUCUGUUUCUCCUCAUCUGAACCCACCGGUGGUCACCGGUGGUGACCGACGCCUCACUGCUUUGGAACAUCUCAAGAACCAAAACCCAGCAUGGACCAAAAGCACUGUUUUUGUGCCCUUUUAGCACAGAAAGUCUUCCUGUCCCAACACUGGAGUCUUAAAAGAACCAAAAACCAUCUGGAAGAACCACUGCUCAAGAUCUUCUGCUUGGCUUUAAACUUGAACAAUAAGGGACAGACUGUUUAUUUAACUGCCAUCAUGAUUCCAUUGUCUCUUCAUCAGAUCUUUGAAACUUGAGUCUUAUUGUGGGAUGCCUGCAACACUCCUCCAUUUCACCAAAAAGGCUUUGAAGGCAUCAGCUUGAUAUCAAAAUGUUCUUCUCCGAGUUAUUUGUACUGUUUUUGUGCGUGUGAAGAGGGUGAGUGGCUUUAAAGUCAUACUGUACAGAGAAUAAAUAAGAGUACAUAACACUAAAAAGAAGAAUUAUAGGACCUGAAUCUUUUUUAAGGAUCACUGAGCUCAGCCGUCAACGUUUUAGCUGUCAGGUGAACGGACAAUUGCGUCAUCGUUAUUAAUUGUGCAACACAAAGCUCUGCUGGCUUCAUCAAACUGCAAUAAAAAAUCUCUAAUGACUCAUUUUAAUCACAAACAAAUGAUUUUAGUGUUUUAUUUAAUUGGUGCUUUCUUACUGACAUGACCUGUUGACUAGGGGUGGCUUAUUCUACAAAUGUUGGUA